AUGGAGGUUCCGGCCAUGACAGAUAAGUUUUCCAACCAAGAAAAGUCACCAUGCCCAAGACUUAUGAGGAUAUCAAUGACCGAUCUCUAUGCAACUGAUUCUUCAGGAGAUGAAGAUGAAGAGCAUUUCGGACGGUGGUUUGUGAAGAAGUAUGUCAAUGAAAUUAACAUACAAAAAUCAUGCAAAACUAAAAUGAUGCCGGUCAAUAGGAAGAUGACAGUAACCAGAAACAGCCCAUCUGCUCUAGAAGCGAAACAGAAAGCUAUGAAGAAGAAGAGAAAUUCGGCGGGUAACGUUAGGAAGUUCGGAGGAGUCCGACAAAGACCUUGGGGUAGGUGGGUAGCAGAGAUUAUGGAUCCGGCUACAUGCCACCGGUUGUGGUUGGUGACAUAUGAUACGGUGGAGGAGGCUGCCAGGGUGUAUGAUAAUGUUGCCAUUAAACUUCAUGGUCUUGGUGCUGUUACAAAUUUCGUCAUGCCGACGGUUUUGGAAAACCCAACGCCGGUGAAUGUUACAUCAAUGUCCAACCAUCAUUCCAACCUAAAGUCGCACAAGCUUCCAUUUGUGGAUGCACCACCUUUUGAUUACCAAUCAUUUGACCUGAUAGAAUUUAGUGAUGAAUUUCCAUCUUUUAACAUGCAUGAUGAUUUCGGGUAUAUAGACCCGAAUAGAUUUGAUGAUUUUGGAACAAUAUCAUUUGUUGAUGACUUCAUUCCUGAUACUGGAUGUGGAUCUUCCUCAACUUUACAAAUAGAGAACUACUUUGAAGAUAUUUCAGAUAGUACUUUAGAUUCAUGGCUUUCCUAA